GUUCCACUAUAAAUAGUCAGGAUCGGCAGCCAGAAAAGCAUUCCAGUUCCACGCCUCAACAGUGCAACAAACAGCUUCUCAAAGCCUUACGAACUUCUUCGUUCUACCACCAACACCCCCAAAAAACACUCAACAUGUUCAAGCUCGCUGUUCUGCCCCUGUUCUUCGCCGCCGUCUCGGCCGGAUACCUCGGUGCCCCGCUGGCCUACUCGGCCCCGGCUUACGCCCACGCCCCGCUGGCCGCUGCCUACCAUGCCCCGCUCGCCUACCACGCACCAGUCGUCAAGACCGUCGCUGCCCCGGUUGCCUACGCCGCCCCGGCCUACCAUGCUGCCCCACUCGUUAAGGCUGUUGCCCCAGUUGCCACCAGCUACGCCAACACCUACAAGGUCUCCGUGAAGGCCCCAGUUGCCUACGCUGCCCCGGCCGUCGUGUCGCACGCCCCGGUCGCUUACGCCGCCCCGGCCUACGCCGCCCCAGCCUACGCUCACCACGCCCCUCUGGCCUACGCUCACGGAUACUACCACUAAGCGACGGUAACGGUCUGGGAAAUCUGGAUGGACGCCACCCGACUGGGAACGGAAUCUGUCCGGUGCCGGCUUGCACCACCGCCCGAUCCAGCAGCGAUUUGUCCGCGGUCGGUGUUUGACGCGGUGCUAGACGGUGCCCCUACCUACGGCCCCAUUCCACUUCUUGCCACUAGGUUUAAACGAAAAGCACAUUCCGUUCCGGCGAUGCCAAACAUCUAUCAAUAGCUGAAAAUUGAACAGCCGAAAGCUGAAAGUUGCCACAUUUCAUCCUCAUUCCCGGCAAUGUCCUACAACCCAUCCAGAACAAACUGAGUCGAUCCACUGUGUACAUACGAUGUAAAUUCACUGUAUUUAUUACGGAAUAAAACUCUACAAAAAACAUAAA